UGCUUUGGCCAUAUUUCCCCAUUUAUUGUAAACAGAGUCUGAUUUCUUCUGACUUUACUUUGGUCCCUGAACGUCUCAGAGUUUUAUUUUCACUUUCCUCAUUGCGACACAGUUUGGAUUCGCCCCAUAAAUCUCAGUCUGUGGGUGAGAGGAGCGAGCGCCACCUAGUGGCAGCAUGGAUCAGUGUGAGGACAGAGAGGACAGAGUCCUUCCCUCUAAAAUGUCUCUUAUUGGGGAACAUGAGGACCAGAGGAAGCUGUCAGAACCAGAACCAGAACCUGGACCCGGACCCAGCUGUGUUUCUUUGAGCAGCAACAACUCAAAGAGCAGGAGUCGUGCAGCUGAGCCCAGCUGUGUGUCGUGGAGGAGCAACAAGUCAAAGGACGUCAUUAUUCUGUUUAAAUCGGACCAGCCUCCAGCAGCAAAGAGGAAGAGGCUGAAAAAUGACGACCAGCUUGAAUCUAAACUAGAACAUCUCUCCUCUGAUUACCAAAGAGUGGACCAGCAGAGCUCAGAGGUUCCCACUGGUCCGUCUGUCCAGCUGCAUCAGACACAGCUGGACUCCAUAUUUAUGCUGCUGGAGGAAAACAUUGUCACUUUUGUGAAGAACGAGCUGAAGAACAUCCAGAAGGUUCUGAGUCCAGAUGAUCCAGGAUCCUCAGAGGGUCAGAGUGAGGAUGAGGAGGUGAUGGGGGGUGAGGAUGAAGAGCAGAGGAGGAGCAGCAGGGAGGCGGUGAUGAAGAUCACCCUGAACUUCCUGAGGAAGAUGAAGCAGGAGGAGCUGGCUGAGUGUCUGCAGAGCAGGAAUCAUGCUGAAAAUUGUCAACGGAAACUCAAGUCAAAUUUGAAGACAAAGUUCCAGUGUGUGUUUGAGGGGAUCGCUAAAGCAGGAAACCCAGCUCUGCUGAACCAGAUCUACACUGAGCUCUACAUCACAGAGGGAGGAACUGGAGAGGUCAACCAGGAACAUGAGGUCAGACAGAUUGAAACAGCAUCCAGGAAACCACACAGACCAGAAACAACAAUAAAACUAGAAGACAUCUUUGUGAAGCAAGAGAAGAUCAAUCUGCAGAAACAGACAUUUACAAGAGUGCUGUUGACAAGGCAUUGCAGAGUCCUGAUGGACACCUGGACUUGUUCCUGCGCUUCCUCAUGGGUCUUUCCCUGCAGACCAACCAGAGACUCCUCGAAGGCCUGUUGAGACAAACUGGAUGUUGUUCCCAGACCAAUCAAGAAACAGUUCAGUACAUCAAAAAGAAUAUCAGUGAGAAUCUAUCUGCAGAGAAAAGCAUCAAUCUGUUCCACUG